CAGGGAUAUGUACCACAAGCAUUCCUCUUCCCUAAAUCAGUACAGAAAGUACAUCUGGCACAAAGAUCUGCGAAGGACUUCAAUUUCUUAUAUAACCAAUAAUAUUGAUUAAUAUGGCGAUAUUUAGCGAGGAGCUUCUUGCGCAGAUUAAAAAUAGAAUAAACGACGAAGAAGUGACAUCCAUCAUAGUAAGAGGAAACUUGCACUUAGCUGUAAACAAUUUGGCUAAUACUUUACUACAUUAUGCAGCCGAAUCGAACAAUGUAGCUAUAACAGAACAAUUAAUUAAGCUGGGUAGCGACGUUAAUGCCCAAAAUCUUGAUGGAAUGACACCGUUAAUGUUAAGUAUCGUAGAUCGUAAUUGCAAGGACACUAGUGAAAUGUUACUCAGAGCCGGUGCUAAUAUUUUUCUAGAGGAUAUAUACCGUAUUAAUGUAUUACAGUUAAUUACGUCGAGUAGUUGCUACGACUGCUAUGAAAUGAAAAAUGUUAUGCAAAUAUUAUUUAAAAAUUGCAAUCUUUCGAAGAAGAAAAUUGCAGAUAAAAUAAUCGAAUUAGACUGGUGCUUGCCUAAAAUAAUUUUGCUACGAAAUGCAAAUCUAACAAAGCUGUUGUUAGACCGUCAUUAUUUAGCUGUUAUCGACGAAGAAGAUGCCGACUUUUUCGGCUGUACCGCGCUACACGUAGCCGCAAAGUGCGUCGACGUCGAAAAUGUGAGGAUGCUGCUCAAGUACAACGCAAACGCGCACGUUGCAGUAGGGCCCUACAGUUGUAAAGCUUUGUAUUUUGUGUAUGCAAAUCACGCGGAGGAUGGCCAAGGACAGCUCGAGAUCGUGAAAAUGCUUCUUCGGCGUUAUGACGGCUUGAUAACCGAGGACGGUUUGCUCGAGAAUAACGUUGCUUUCAUGUUUCAACGGGGAUCGAAAGAGGUAGUGGAAUAUUUGCUGGGAACCGGCGUGGACAUAACCGUAGUCGACAAUGCCGGGAGAAAUGUCGUUCAGCUACUCGCAUACAACGAAAAGCCGGGCGCUAUCGAACUGCUGAGGGGCAGACAGCUGAAUGUGAACGUGUUCGAUAUUAGGGGGAAGACUCCCUUGUUGUGUGCUAUAUCGCACGGUGUGCGGCUGGCGCUAGAGUUUCUGCUAGAGUUUGGCGCCAACAUUGAGCUGCUGGAUUACGAGGGCAAGACAGUGUUAUUCCGAGUUUGCGAGCUACACGUUGCGCACAAUGAGCGCCAAAGAGAGUGCAUUGUGAUCCUCCUGCAGCGCGGCGCGAACAUUCAAGUGACGGCCCAUUUGCACCCCUGCGACCCCAGGAAAUACACGAUCCUCGAGAUUCUUUGCGCGACUAAACAGAUCGACUUCCUCGAGCUUUUCAUCGCCCAUUUAGCUUUUCUCGUAAAACGUGGGCCUUACGAUAUGGAACUGUUUCACGACAGGAUCGAAAACAAUUUAGCGCUCAAAGCCGAAUUUGAGGCUCGUAAGCAAGAUCUUACGGUUAAAGUCUAUCGAUCCAUAACACUGCUCGACCUGUUGAGCGCAAGUGAAAGGAAACUCGAGCGCUAUCUACUCAACCGUGAAUGUUACUCGGUAGUCGAACGCUUUGCCGAAAACUGUACAUGUUAUUAUUUCAAGACUGUAUUGCAGAUUCGCGUGUCGACGGCCAAUCACAUGGUUACUUCAAGAAAGGAAGCGGCUCAAAUUAUUUGUAAAUUUACAAACUUGAGUUACACCAAUUUUCCUUAUAUCGCUGACCAAAUCGCUAGUUAUUUCAAUCUCAGAGACUUGGAAAAGUUAUUUUACGAGAUGAGCAGAGAUUAAUUUUUGCAUACUCGUAAUAAUUAUGCGUUCAAAAUUGUGACUGCAUUGAUCAAUAAUAAAGAUAUCUUUUUUUUCUCAAGUAUA